CGGCAGGACAUACCGCGCAGGCGAAGCCGGGGCAGGUUUCCACCGGCAAGCCUCAAGAUGCCAAACCCCGUCUGUUAUUGAUGGGCCUCCGCCGGAGCGGGAAAUCCUCGAUUGCUAGUGUCGUUUUCCACAAGAUGCCUCCUAACGAAACGCUCUUUCUGGAGUCAACGACUCGCAUCCAAAAGGAUUCCAUCCACUCGUUCAUGGACUUCCAGGUUUGGGAUUUUCCUGGUCAGCUUGAGUAUCUGGAGCCAUCUUUCGAUCUCGAAGACAUUUUCGGAAGCCUUGGUGCGCUCGUCUGGGUCAUUGAUGCGCAGGAUGAUUACCUGGACUCGGUCGCGCGCCUGAACCGCACCAUCCUGACUGUCCAGCAGUAUUACCCUAACAUCAACAUCGAAGUCUUCAUUCACAAGGUUGAUGGACUCUCGGAAGAGUACCGCACCGAUACAUUCCAGGAUAUUGUACAGCUCAUUUCGGAUGAACUUAGCGAUGCUGGGUAUGAGAAUGCCCCUGUCCACUACUACCUCACGUCUAUCUAUGAUUACUCUGUCUUUGAGGCAUUCAGUAAGGUUAUCCAGAAGUUGAUUCCAAACCUAUCGACUCUGGAGAACCUAAUCAACACCCUCGGCAACAAUUGUGGAUUUGAGAAGACCUAUUUGUUUGACGUUCUCAGCAAAAUCUACAUUGCUUCAGAUACUCGCCCAGUGGAUAUGUCCUGCUAUGAGAUGUGCUCGGACUAUAUCGAUGUGAUUGUGGACGUCUCAGAACUCUACUCAUGGGAUCAUCCGGACCGCAAGCCAAAAGGCGAGCAAAAUCAAGAGGCAGAGAGCCAUGUGGUUCUGCACGACGAGACCAUGAUCCAUUUGAUGGAAAUGAACAAAUAUCUUUGUCUCGUGUCCGUUAUACGCAAUCCUGAGGCGAAGGAGAAGAAGGGGUUGAUUGAUAUGAAUUGCCGUACUUUCCAGGAGGCCCUCAAUGAUGUCUUUUCUCGCAGCUGGGAACAGGAUCAGGAAGGGUCCGAACAGGGCCAGGCACAGGGGCAGGUGACAGAGCAUGGCGAGCCAGGUUCGAAUAACUGAUAUCAAAAGUGUUACUUCUAUGGCGUUGGAACAUCUACGGAAUACUAGUAGUCCACUAUUUGCCCAGUUUAGCACUUUGAGAAGCGUGUCUUACGCACAAUACCAUUUCCUGUGCCUUGUCUGACUUGUAAUACUGGGAGACACUUUACUGUGCGAGUAAUUGCCUCGUGAAUAAAAGCCCUCACUAGAUAAAACACCUAUUAUGCGUCCGUUGUACUGCAAGAGAUAGAUUAGUUUUCGCCUCCCCUUUACUGGUGGUGGUCACCCUUAACGGACGCAAACUAGCAAGGUAGUUAAGGCACCAAGGUAUCAAGAAGCGGGCCCACGCUUGGCACUAGCGCGAAUUUUUUCUUUUUUCUUGAAGGAUAAAACGAGCUCCUCUCCAUUUCUUUUUUUUAUCUUUCUCUCUUUCUUCAACUCAACCAUACACUCAUGAGUUGGCCACAAGGUCACUCACUCAAGCAUGAUGAAGCUUGAAUGCAACAUACUAACAUAAAACCUCAGCAAACAACCUCGGAUU